AUGGCAGCUCCCCGCCAAGUGGUCGAUGGCCUUUGGAGGUGUCUCUGCCCGUCAAUCGAUGCGGCACUUUUUCAAAAGACGUCGAGGCUGAGGCCGUUAGUACCGCGCAGGCUCACUUCUACUGCGGCUGCUGCUCAUGAAGAAGAUGGUUCCAGCAAUGGACUGCUUACUUCAAACUUGACGCUAUCACAACAGCAACAACCUGUUAUUGACGAUGGUUCUCAGCUCGCCCAAAGAUCGAAAAAGACUCGAUCAAGGAAAAAUCAGAGGUUAUGGCAACAUGAGAAAGCCAACCGGAAGCUGCUGAAGGAGCAAUAUCAGCAUGAGGUCUCAUCUUUACCAACUACUACUACUACUACAACAACAACAACAGCCACUACCGACCAACCAGAAACCCCAGCAACCACCACCCCCUCCCUUGACAUCCUCACCCUCCCCGACAACACCAUCCCCCCAUCUCUCCUCGCCUCCUUGUCAACCCCCACCCUCCUCCUCACCCUCAGCCGCCUGUUGACUUCCCACUCCAAACACUCCAAACGCUUCACGGGUCUCAAAAUCAGAUCACUAGUCCACUACCUCGUCACGGACCGUCACCAACCCCCGAAUGAACUCCUCUACCGGGCGUUGGUUGUUGCAAACUGGGAUCCAGAACGGGGUUCAGCCUGGGAGCUCGAGGACAUCCUCAAGGAGAUGGACAAAGCCAGUAUUGCCCCUAGCAAGGAGUUUUGGAGGGCGGCGAUUAAAUUGCUGGCUAUUCACCCUGAUUACACGCUUAGGAACUUGAUAUUGAGACGGAUAGGGGUUGUUUACGGGGAGGAGUUGAUCAAGGAGGUGAGGGAGGAUGUUAUUUUAGGGUUACUGAGGGAGAGGCAGGAGGAGCUGGUGUUGGAGGCGUUGGAGGAGGUGGUGGGGUGGGAAGAGGAGGGGGAAAGGAGGUGGAUGAGUGGGACGGGGUGGGAUACUGUGGUUCAUGUACUGGGAAAGAGGGGGUAUACGGAGGAGGCGUUUCAGGUUUUGAUGAUGAGGGUUGGGUUGGAGACUGGGAGGGAGGAAGGGUGGGGGGAAGAAGGGAGGUUGGACGGGGUGCCGAUGGAGGUGUGGUAUUAUAUGUUGGAGGAGUGUUCGAGGGAGAGUUAUCUCGAGGGGACGAAAUACCUCUGGGGGAAGCUGGUGGAGACUGGGGUUGUGGUGGCGCGUGCUGGGCUGUUG